CCCGCCGCGACGACGACCCGGGACGACGAGGACGCCGCGGGCGCGAUGAGCGAGGACGACGAGGAGGACGACGACGACAAGGAGGAGCACAAACGGCAGCGCCAGCGGCAGGACGCGCAGAACAACAACAGCGUCGACGGCGAGGACAGCGACGCCAUGCCGUCCACCACGCUGGGCCACGUGACCCUGGAGGCGCUGCAGAACACCAAGGUGGCCGUGGCGCAGUUCGCCGGGCUGCCCACCCCCGUGGACAAGGCCGCAGCGCUGCAGGACCUGGCCGUGCUGCAGGGCACACUGUUCACGCUGCAGCAGCAGCAAGUGCUGCAGCUCAACCUGAUCCAGCAGCUGCUGGCGGCCGGCAAGCCCGGCACGCCGCCGCCCGCGCUCAGCCCCCUGGCCCGCGAGCGCGAGAGGGAGCUGGAGAGGGAGCGAGAGCGCGAACGCGAGCUGCAGCGCGAGCGAGAGCGAGACAUGCCCAUCCAGCACCCUGAACAGCAGCCCUCGGGGCUGCCGCCGUGCUCCGUGUCGGCGUCCUUCGCGUCCUCCAUCAUCACCAACCUGGACCCGCCCAUGCCCGACGAGCCCAACACCCUGGAGAUGCUGCAGCGGCGCGCGCAGGAGGUGCUGGACAACGCGAGCCAGGGCCUGCUCGCCAACAACCUCGCCGACGAGCUGGCCUUCCGGAAGAAGGGCUCGCUGUCGCCCUACGACGGCAAGCGCACCGACCCGUUCUACAAGCACCGCUGCCGCUACUGCGGCAAGGUGUUCGGCUCGGACUCGGCCCUGCAGAUCCACAUCCGGUCGCACACCGGCGAGCGGCCCUACAAGUGCAACGUCUGCGGCAGCCGCUUCACCACCAAGGGCAACCUCAAGGUGCACUUCCAGCGGCAUAGCGCCAAGUUCCCGCACGUCAAGAUGAACCCCAACCCCGUGCCGGAGCACCUCGACAAGUACCACCCCCCGCUGCUGGCGCAGCUGGGCCAGCUGGAGAACCUGCCUCCCGGCGUGCACCCCGGCCACCCUGGGCCGCCGCACGGGCCGCCGCCGGGCCACCCCGCCCACAACCCCUUCAUGCCCAUGCUGCCCCUGUCGCUGUUCGGGCCGCGCGGGCUGGACCACCCGCACCAGUCCGGCCACCAGGACGCCCCCGCCGACCUCAGCAAGCCGUCCACCUCCCCGUUCCACUCGCCGCGGUCGCCGGUCAGCCCUUCGCGGUCGCCGCGGCGGUCACCAAGGCCACAGUCCCGGUCACGGUCCAGGUCGCCGCCGAUGAACCUGCAGCGACGGUCCCCGCUCUCCCGGUCGAGAUCGCGGUCGCGGUCAAGAUCACGUGACCGCUCGGGCAGCCCGCCGCGACGCGCCGCCGUCAAGCUGGAGGACGCCAAGGACGGCGACAGCGACCGCGAGGACGCCGCCACCCGGGAGGACCUGAACGCCGACGACGAGGAGUCGCGGCGGAGGGACGACGAGCGCGACCGCCUGCAGGCCAGCCUGCUGGGCAGCGAGAUGGACGAGAUGGACGUGGACACGCCGUACGACGACUGCAGCCUGGACAGCCACUCCAAGUACUCCGACGAGGACAUGCACGACGAGCAGCCCGAGAACCUCUCCGCCAAGCCCGCCCCCGGCAGCGUGCGCGUCCGCAACGUGUUCCCGCACGCCCUGUCGCCGCCCAGCAGCACGUCGUCGGGCAGCCACACGCCGCGCACGCCGCUCGGCACGCCCGUCGGCACGCCCGUCGGCACGCCCACCAUCCCCGGCCUGCCCAUCGACAUCGACCCCACCAAGGACCCCGUGCUGUACAACAGCCUGCUGCCGCGGCCCGGCUCCAACGACAACUCCUGGGAGAGCCUCAUCGAGGUGACCAAGACGUCGGAGACGUCCAAGCUGCAGCAGCUGGUGGACAACAUCGAGCACAAGCUGACGGACCCCAACCAGUGCGUGGUGUGCCACCGCGUGCUGUCGUGCAAGAGCGCGCUGCAGAUGCACUACCGCACGCACACGGGCGAGCGGCCCUUCCGCUGCCGCAUCUGCGGACGCGCCUUCACCACCAAGGGCAACCUCAAGACGCACAUGGGCGUGCACCGCAUCAAGCCGCCCAUGCGCGUGCUGCACCAGUGCCCCGUCUGCCACAAGAAGUUCACCAACGCGCUGGUGCUGCAGCAGCACAUCCGGCUGCACACGGGCGAACCCACCGACCUGACGCUGGACCAGAUCCGCGCCGCGGAGAUCCGGGACUUCCCCCCGCUGCCCGGGUACCCGCUGCCCUUCCUGCCCGCCGGCUUCCCCGCCAUGCCGGGGCUGCCGCCGCACCACCCGCUGCACGGCCUCAAGCGCGAGCAGCGCGAGCAGCGCGAGUCCGAGCACCGCGACGCCCGGGACGCUCGCGACGCCAGGGAGGCCCGCGAGGCCCGCGAGGCCCGCGAAGAAGAGCGGGAGCGAGACCGCGACCGGGAACGUGACCGAGAGCGUGACCGCGAGCGCGAGCGUGAGCGCGAGAGAGAGCGCGACCGGGAACGCUCCCGCGAGCGUGAGAGGGAGCGAGAGCGCGACCGCGACAGCGUGCACGGCGAGGACGCGGCCAGCAACUCCAGCCGGUCCGCCACACCGUCGGGCCUGCCCCACGGGCCGCACGGACACAUGCCCAACUUCUCCACGUCGCUGGCCGCGCUGGAGAACCAGGUCCGCACCAUCACCACCAUGGCGUCGCAGAUGCGCACCGGCGAGGAGCUCAACCUGAGCACCAAGCGGCCGUCCGUGCUGGUCAACGGCGACCGCUCCCCCGCGGCGGCCAGCCCCGGCGCCAGCCCCGGCCUGUCCGAGGACCGCGUGUCCAGGGCCAGCCUGUCGCCGCCGCAGCCCCACCACCUGAUGCGGCCGCCGUCCUCCCAGCCGCCCAACAGCCCCAGCCCGUCCGAGAGCGGCUCGCUGGGCGCGCUGGACCUGACCCCCAAGUCCAGCGGCAGCCUGGGCAGCCACGGCAGCGCGCCGGGUUCGAGUCCCCCCAUCGGCAUGGGCGUGCCCUCGCAGCCGCAGUCGCUGGGCCCGCCGCCGGGGCUGUUCUCCGGGUUCGGUCUGCUGCCGCCGCACGUCGGCGCCGUGGCCUCGGGCUCCUCCGUGUCGCCCGGCGCCCUCAUGACCUCGGCGUUGUCCUCGCUCACCUCCUCCGUGCUCACCUCCACCGCCUUCAGCCCCAUGGGCUUCCCGAUGUCCCCGGCGGUGCGCGGCAACACGACCUGCAACAUCUGCUUCAAGACGUUCGCCUGCAACUCGGCCCUCGAGAUCCACUACCGCUCGCACACCAAGGAGCGCCCCUUCAAGUGCACCAUCUGCGACCGCGGCUUCUCCACCAAGGGCAACAUGAAGCAGCACAUGCUGACGCACAAGAUCCGCGACAUGCCGCCGCGCCUGUUCGAGGCCGGCGGCAAGCCGUCGCUGUCGGCGCCCUCGCCGCAGUCCGCCAAGCAGACGCCCGGCUCGCCCGGCCCCAACGGCGGAGCCGGCGCGUCGGGGCGGCCCGGGUCGCCGUCGCCGCUCCUGGAGAAGCAGGACGACGCCCGCAGCCUGAGCCCCAGGGCGUCCCCCAGGGUGUCCGCGCCGCUGCCGCUGGCCCUCAGCAUGACCAUGCCCGCCGACGUGCUCAAGGAGGCCCAGGCGCAGGCCCAAGCGCAGGCCGGCAAGCGGUCGCCCCCCGAAGGCGGGGCCAUCCCCCCCGUGCCCAAGCGACAGCCCAGCAUGCCCAAGCACUUGUGCCAUGUUUGCAAUAAGAACUUCUCGUCCUCGUCAGCCCUGCAAAUUCACAUGCGGACACACACUGGCGACAAGCCGUUCCGCUGUAAUGUGUGUCAGAAAGCCUUCACCACUAAGGGCAACCUGAAGGUGCACAUGGGCACCCACAUGUGGAACAACGGGGCCUCCCGCCGCGGCCGGCGCAUGUCCCUCGACCUGCCCAUGCCCCCCAUGGGGCCCAUGGCGGGGCCCAUGGGGGCUCCCAUGGCGGGCCCCAUGGCGCCAAAAGAUUCGGACUUCCUGCAGCGGCGGCCCGAUCUUUUCUACCCGUACCUUCCGGCCCCGUUCCUUAACGGCAUGCAGCACAAGUUGAGCGAGAUGUCGGGCAUGCCCGGUGCCGGCGGCGCGGUGGGGCCCGGCCGCGACGGCGGCCCCGCCGGCCAGGCCUCCAAGUACGCGGGUCUGCUGGGCUUCAACCCGUUCGGGCCGCGGCCGCCCGGCGCGCCCUCCGGACAGGGACACGGCCAGGGCCACGGCCAGGGCCACGGCCAGGGCCCGCCCCCCGGCUCGCCGUCCCCCGACAAGCACUCGGGGGCGGGCACGCCGUCGCCGCACCACCCCGCCAUCCCCGGGCUGCACCUGGGCGCCAUGCUCAGGCCGCAGCUGCAGGGACUGCAGGACCGCCUGCAAGACCGCCUGCAAGACCGCCUGCAGGACCGCCUGCAAGACCGCCUGCACGACCGGUUUCAGGACCGGCUGCAGGACCGCCUACCCGAGCGGCUGCAGGAAAGACUCCACGAUCGCCUGCAGGAAAGACUUCCCGAUCGACUUCCCGACCUGCCGCGGUCCAUGUGGGACUUCCAGCUGGACCGCAAGCCCCCCAGGGACCCCCAGGACGACCACGGCCACCACGCCAUGGAGAGGCUGGAGAGGACCUCGACACCGCCCAGUCACCUGGGGGCGCCGCCCCCGCCCACGCCCCGCGGCGAGGGGCUGGCCGCGUAG